GUCGACCGUCUUCGCCCUCUACGCGUCCAAUUCCACCCUUUCACAAAUCCCUAUUUCUAAACGCCGGAACCUCGUCUCUCGAGUGAACUAUCGCCAUGCUCUCCGCUCGUCUCGCCCGCGCUGGCCUCCGUGCCUCCGCCCAGGUCUCCGUCCCUCGCACUGCUGCCGUUAACGGCCUGCGCACCUAUGCUACCGCAGCCCAGGAGGUUAAGCCUCCUGUCUCUCUCUUCGGCGUCGACGGCACCUACGCUACUGCUCUGUACACCGCCUCCGCCAAGUCUUCCUCCCUCGACGCUACCUCCAAGGCUCUGAACAACCUCGGUGCUGCCCUUAAGGCCGACCCCAAGCUCACCAGCAUUAUCUCUACCCCUACCCUCUCUGCUGCCGACAAGCAGGCCAUUGUCACGGAGCUCCAAAAGGUUGCCGGUGCCGACAAGGGCGACAUCCUCAAGAACUUCCUUGCCACGCUCGCCGAGAACAACCGUCUUGGUUUGCUGAACGAUGUCGUUGACAAGUUCGCUGCUCUCAUGAGCGCUCACCGUGGUGAGAUUGAGCUUUCUAUCACCAGUGCUCAGGAACUCGAUGCCAAGACCCUCAACCGCCUUGAAAAGGCCGUCUCCAAGUCCGAGUUCAGCCAGGGUAAGAAGCUCAAGGUUGUUUCUAAGGUCAACCCCGACAUCGUCGGCGGGCUCAUUGUCGAAAUCGGUGACCGCACCAUCGACCUGAGCGUCUCCUCUAAGAUCGCCAAGCUCAACAAGGCUCUCACUGAUGCUCUGUAAAUUAACCGUCCCGCGUCUCUUUUGUUGUCCUAUAUCUAUCACCUACCUAUAGUCCUUACUGCCUACCUGCCUAUGUACCCUAACUUCCCGCUGCACUAUGCGAGAGUCCGUUGAAUGAGACUUGAGUUUGGUGAGAAUAGACUGUUGUGUUUA